AUGGGGUCUGAUGAGCUAGGUUAUGAUCCAAGUGCUACACCGAAACUCUCCUUGUUUUCACUUCCAAGCAAGCUUCAUGAGUCACCAGCAGGGAUGUUGACACCACCAAUCCAUACGUUAGCUUCAGUUCCAUUCAAGUGGGAGGAAGCACCAGGCAAGCCUAGACCUUCUUGUGUCACACAAUCCAAGCCCAAGAUUGCGAGGUGCUUGGAACUGCCACCAAGGUUGUUGAAUGAGACCAAAGUUAGCAACAUGCCUUCUCCAACUAAUGUCUUGGAUGGACCUUAUGCUUCUCGUUCCUUGUCUCUAGGAAGAGGAGGUUCCUUCAGUAGUAAUAGCAAAGAGAGGGUUCUUUUUGGGUCUGGCAGGUGGGGAAGUUUCAAGAGGAACAGUAAAGAAGUUGUUGAUGCUAGUGUCGACGGUGGUGUUAGCCAUGGAGGUGAAACAGGAGUUAAGAUCACAAGAAUCAGAAGGAGAUCAAGUUUCUUGGGGUUUCCUCACACUAGAUCACAUUUGUUGGUCAGAAUAUAUAAAAGGGACAACCAAGACUUGUCUCUUCUUCCAGCAAAAGAAGGACCAUGA